AUGCUAGAAGCUCAGCAUGUUUUACGCGAUGUCAGAAGAAUGGAUCUUCGGAAACAGUUGGAAACUUUAACAACGGAAAAAAUAAAUCCAGCUUUUGGGUCGAUUGACCAAAUGAGUACAUUAGAACUUGCAACACUUAUGAACUCUGAAGAUGCUAAGGUUCCAGAAGCAAUAAGCAAUGUUUUGCCGUCGAUAGCCGAAAGUGUAGACGCAAUUGCAGCAAGGAUGGCUGAAGGCGGUCGUCUUAUCUACACUGGCGCUGGAACUGCUGGUCGUAUUGGUGUUCUUGAUGCCGUUGAAUGUAUCCCAACAUUCAAUACGUCGGUUGGCGAAGUGAUUGGAUUGAUUGCCGGAGGAGCAGGUGCAAUGAUGCUCGCGGUUGAGGGUGCUGAGGAUAAUCCAAGUCUUGCUGAAGCCGACCUAAAGUCAUUGAAAUUAUCGACCUCGGACACAGUGGUCGGAAUUUCUGCAUCGGGUCGUACGCCAUAUGCUGUUGGGUCGUUGGCAUAUGCAAAAAAAAUUGGUGCCCUAACAGUAGGGUUAUCAUGUAACAGGGACUCUGAGUUGUGCGCAAACGCGGAUCACAGAAUUGAAGUAAUUGUUGGUGCGGAGCUUGUUGCUGGUUCAACAAGGCUGAAAGCAGGCACAGCUCAAAAACUGGUUUGUAACAUGCUUUCGACAUUAACAAUGAUCAAACUGGGAAAAACUUAUGGGAAUUUGAUGGUCAAUUUACGUACAACCAACAAGAAACUUAUCGCUCGAUCAUAUCACAUUGUCAAGGAAGCAACAGGCGGUUCAGAAGAUGAGGUACUAUUUCACGGUGUUAAUGAGGCGUUGGAUUACUUUCAAGGGGAUGUUAAGUGCGCAAUUGUUGCGCUGCUGAGUGGUAAUCGCCAAAAAGCUCAGAAAGCAUUAGACGACGCUAACGGGCGAGUACGAGAUGCCCUCCAGCUGUUGAACAAGAAUUCGACAGCACGAUAAAG